AUGCUUCCGCCUAGCCUCAUAAACACUGCUUGCUGUGACCAUUUCUGGCCUGCUCUUCCCCUCUGCUCAUCUCUUCUUUCCACUCUUUUGUACAAGCAAGCAACCGCCAUAAUCGCAGUCGUGGCUCAAAUCGAGACGCAGUCGCUACUCUGCCUCUCGCGGGCAGAGGUUCCCUAUUCGUCAACGGUCCCCAGCGCCGCCAUCAACCUGCGCAGUGUCUCAAGAAGUGGUCUCAGGAAGCCUACCUCUCGCCGAGGCUCUCGACCGACCAUCACAGUGGAUAUCGCCUCCCUCAUCAAACGAGAAGACUCAGAUGAGUCGAAACCCUCAGCAGCAGCUUCGAAUCGUGCACCUCCCCCGUCGUUCUCUUCCGCCGCACCGGCUGCCCCAAUGCUUGCACAACCCAUGCCCCAUGGACCACCUCCUCUGGCUGCCCAGAUGUCCCACCACCAUAUACCUCAGCUACCACCCAGAGGUGGCAGCUCCUCCAAUCGACGCCAUUUGCCGCCGCAAGGCAUAGAAUCGCAUCCGCACCCGCAACAGCCGGUCAAGAAGCAGACAAAAUGGUCUGCCGAGGAGGACGUCAUCAUCAUUGAACUUCGAGGCAAAGGCAUGAAGUGGGACGACGUCUCGAAGCACUUGCCAGGUCGAAGCUCCAUCAGCUGCCGCUUACACUACCAGAACUACUUGGAGCGACGUAGCGAGUGGGAUGAAGAGCGGAAGAAUAAACUUGCCCGACUAUAUGACAGAUUCAAAGCCGAGAUGUGGGCCAAAGUAGCAGAAGAACUGCAGGUUCCGUGGCGUGCGGCAGAAGCCAUGCAUUGGCAGCUCGGAGAACAGGACAUGGCGCGAAGAGCAGGUCAAACCCCGUUUGCGCUUGCUCACAACGCCGAGGCAGCCGGUCGAAAUGCCCAGAUCCGAGGGCAUGCUCACACGCAUUCGCAAGAGAGCGUGGGACGUGAGAUGCGAGGCUCGCCACCGCAAUCUUCGUACGGAGCCAUUGGCGGUCCCCGGCCACCCGGUGUCCUGACGCGUCGUGAUGCUGCCAUGCAGAUUGGUCCGCCGCCGCCGCAUCCGAUGCCGACCUCAGCGCCGAUACAGCAGCAGCAACAGCCGCCUCCACCAUCGUCUCAUCCCGCCGAAUAUAACUACAAGUUCGGUCACAGCCUGCCGCCCAUCCAACCGCAGCCGCAACCGCAGCCGCAGCAGCGGGCAGCGUUGCCCAGCGUCCUCGAAUUGACCGAGGGUGUCACGCCGUACUCGACGCCCCCCUCGGCACACUUGUCCGGACCGCCGCCGCCGCCGCCACCGCCGUCGCAGCAAGGCAUGCAUCACGGAAUUCCACCGCAGCAUGCCCAUCAACAGCCCGGGCAAUCUAUCUAUGCAGAUCCGGACCACGGCCGGAUGAAGCGACCUGGCAGCCCCGACGGCCGACUGCGAGAGAGCAACUACCGAAGACGGAUGCAAUGA